AGGCGGGGACCUCGGAGCCGCUGCUUGUCCAGACCCUUGAACGACCCCUUCCGGUUAGGGUCCUUCCUUGCGCGCUCUUGCACACCCCGGUGCCGGCGCUGAGGCCCUAGACGGGACGGAACACCGGAAGGCAAGAUGUUUCUGGAAGGGAAGCUGUGUGAGGGCGCCAUGUUUUGGAAGUUUGACCUGCACACGAGCUCACACCUGGACACGCUGCUGGAGCGGGAGGACCUGAGUCUGCCCGAGCUCCUGGAUGAGGAGGACGUGCUACAGGAGUGCAAGGUCGUCAACCGCAAGCUGCUGGACUUCCUGCUGCAGCCGCCGCACCUGCAGGCCAUGGUGGCCUGGGUCACCCAGGAGCCACCGGCCAGUGGCGAGGAGCGGCUGCGCUACAAGUACCCUAGCGUGGCCUGCGAGAUCCUGACCUCGGACGUGCCCCAGAUCAACGACGCGCUGGGCGCUGACGAGUCCCUGCUGAGCCGGCUCUAUGGCUUCCUGCAGAGCAGCGGCAGCCUCAACCCGCUGCUGGCCAGCUUCUUCAGCAAGGUCAUGGGCAUCCUCAUCAACCGCAAGACGGACCAGCUCGUGUCCUUCCUGCGGAAGAAGGACGACUUCGUGGGCCUGCUGCUGCAGCACAUCGGCACUUCGGCCAUCAUGGACCUGCUGCUGCGCCUCCUCACCUGCGUGGAGCGGCCCCAGCUGAGGCAGGACGUGGUCAACUGGCUCAACGAGGAGAAGAUUGUGCAGCGGCUCAUAGAGCAGAUCCACCCGUCGAAGGAUGACAAUCAACAUUCCAACGCGUCCCAGUCCCUGUGCGACAUCAUCCGCCUGAGCCGGGAGCAGAUGCUCCAGCUGCAGGACAGCCCGGAGCCCGACCAGCUGCUGGCCACCCUGGAGAAGCAGGAGACGAUCGAGCAGCUCCUGAGCAACAUGCUGGAGGGGGAGCAGAGCCAGUCUGUCAUUGUGAGCGGGGUCCAGGUGCUGCUGACCCUGCUGGAGCCCAGAAGGCCGAGCCCUGCUUCCUGUCCUCUCCUGCAGGUCCGAGUCUUGACCGUGAACAAUUUCUUCAGCAGCGUGGAUGGGCAGCUGGAGCUCCUGGCCCAGGCGGCCCUGGACAGCACAACGUCCAGUGUGGGCAUCCUGCAGGCCCUGCGCCCGUGGCUCGGCCGUUUCCACCAGCUCCUGCGUGAGCCCCCAGAGCUGGAGCCGCUGCAGACUACGUGGGGCAGCCUGGCCCCGCCGCUGGGCAACACCCGGCUGCACGUGGUCAAGCUGCUGGCCAGUGCGCUGAGCGCCAAUGAUGCGGCUCUGACCCAGGAGCUCCUGGCGCUGGACGUGCCCAACACCAUGCUGGACCUGUUCUUCCACUACACGUUCAACAACUUCCUGCACGCCCAGGUGGAGCUGUGUGUCCGCGCCGUGCUGAGCGCCGGGCCCCCUUCCGACAGCAGCCUCGAGAUCCCUGCCCCAAACCCCGCGGUGAAACAUCUCCUGCAGCAGUGUCGCCUGGUGGAGCGCAUCUUGACCUCCUGGGAGGAGAACGACCUUGUGCAGUCUGCCGGGGGCCCUCGCAAAGGCUACAUGGGCCAUCUGACGAGACUGGCCAACGCCCUGGUGCAGAACGUGGAGAAGGGGCCCAACGCCGAGCAGCUGGGGCAGCUGCUGAAGGAACUGCCCGGUGAGCAGCAGGAGCAGUGGGAGGCCUUCGUGUCCGGACCCCUGGCGGAGACCAACAAGAAGAACACCGUGGACCUGGUGAGCACCCACCACCUGCACUCCUCCAGUGACGACGAGGACGACCGGCUCAAGGAGUUCAACUUCCCCGAGGAGGCCGUGCUGCAGCAGGCCUUCAUGGACUUCCAGAUGCAGCGCAUGACCUCAGCCUUCAUCGACCACUUCGGCUUCAAUGACGAGGAGUUUGGGGAGCAGGAGGAGAGUGUGAACGCGCCUUUCGACAAGACCGCCAACAUCACCUUCUCCCUCAACGCCGACGACGAGAACCCCAACGCCAGCCUGCUGGAGAUCUGCUACAAGGACCGUAUCCAGCAGUUUGACGAUGAGGAGGACGAGGAGGAGGACGAGGAGGAGGGCCAGGGCUCCGGGGAGUCUGACGAGGAGGACGGCGCCUGGCAGGACAGCCGGCCGGCCCGGGGAGCCCGCCGGGGCCAGGCCCCGGGCAUGCAGAGCGGAGGCAGCACAGACAGCGAGGAGGACGACGAGGAGGACGAGGAGGACGAGGACGAUGGUGAUGGCCGUGUGGCUGGUGGGGCCAGGCCCCCCUCUUAUCCUGGCUCCGGCCCCCAUCCUCUGGGCUCCAGCCAGACAGCCGCCUUUGACCCAGUGCCUACAGAUGCCCUGACUGGCCCCCAAGACUCUGGGGAGAAGGAGCCGUGCUCUGGGCUCCUCACCCCACGGGGGUCCCUUGGCGUACCCCAGGACCUCCCCGCCCUGAGCCUGGCCGGCCCUGUGGCCCACUCUGCCCCGCAGCUCAGGUCUCAGGACCCCGCGUCCCCUUCAGCACCUCAGGAAGCCCCAGAUGGCAGUGACAUAGCGGAACCCUCGGCCCCCUGCCAGGCCUUGGUCAGCAUCGGGGACCUCCAGGCCACACUCAGAGGGACACGCUCCACUCCCAGCUCCUUGGACAGUGCAACCGGAGACCCUGCUACCUCGGUCCCAGCCCCUGGGGCCUGCCAGCACCCCCAGACCACAGAGGGGGAGAGGAGCCCAGAGCCCUCGGGGCCCCCCCAAAGCCAGAGCGCCCGGGCCCCUGAGCUGCCUCCGAUGCCCAACGGCUCUGCCCCAGGAGGGCCAACCUCCCUGGGCUCCCAGUGA